AUGCCUCUCGAUUCCCCCUUGCUCGCCCUGCCAAUCCCAGCCUCACCUGCUGAAACCCUCCACCUCCAUGCUUGCCCGCUGCUUUCCGUGUCGUUCGCCGCCAUUCUCCGCGCGCUGGAAGCCUGCGCCGUCCUUGCACCAUCCGCGCGGAAAGCCGCAUUCGCCAUGCCGCCUGCCGCGUGUGCAGCAGGGCUGCCAAUGUCCCUCUCGUCGCUAUCUGCGCGGCUCACCGCGUCCGUCGUAGCCGCUCCGGCCGUCCGUUGCCAACCGGUUUCCCCUCCAUGCUGUCCGUCUUCGGCGCGCUCGGCCCACCUUCCGCGCGUCGACGCGCGCACGGCCGCCUCGCCCUGCAGCUUGUCGAGUUCCGCGGCGAGAGCGCAGCGCCCCCAUCGGGGGAGAGCUCGCGCGCACGCGGUGUCGGUGGCGGAGGCGCAGACGGCGGAAGGCGUGUGGGAUGAGGGCAGGCAGAAAACCAUGAAGCGAUCCACGUCAUUCAUGAAGCGAUCCACGUCAGACGGCGCGGCGACCUUCCGCGUCAGCAAACGUAGAGCCGUCACGACCAGCGCCGCGGGGGAGGUGUCGGGGGAGACCGCGGGGGCGCCGGGCGCGCGGAGCAAGGGGGAUGCGGGGCGGAGCGGGCCGUGGAUGCUGGUGGGGCUGGGCAAUCCGGGGAUGAAAUACGAGGGCACGCGGCACAAUGUACGUUGCCGCUGGGCGUGCAUGGGACUGGCCUGUGAGAAAUCUAAGAAGCAGAUUUUGAAAGGGGGAGAGGGGGGGAAGGGGGCUGGGAGGGGAGGAGGGGGAAAGGUAGGCUUUCAGUCGAUCUCCUCCCCAUGCUCUUCCCCACCCCUCCUCUUACUCCCCCUACCCCUCUCCUCUUCCUCCCCCUCCUCCCACCCCCUUUUCUCCUGCUUUCCUUCCCCACCAAGUGGGCGUCGAGAGCAGGGCCGUGGAGGGAGGGAGGGCAAGGGGCGCAUUGCGUAUCCCAGUGCUGCUGACCUCGUCCUCCCGUUUCCCCCUCUCUCCUUCUCACCUCCCCACCAGGUGGGCUUCGAGGUGAUGGACGCCACAGCUAGGGCGGAUGUUAUAAGCCUGAGCGCCAUGCAGAGCAGGGCGAUGGUGGGCAAAGGUGUGGGCUUCGAGGUGAUGGACGCUGUAGCCAGAGCGGAGGGUAUAAGCCUGAGUGCCAUGCAGAGCAAAGCAGUGGUGGGCAAGGGGCGCAUUGCUGCGUGCCCUGUGCUGCUGGUGAAGCCGCAGACGUUCAUGAACCUCAGUGGGGAGAGCGUGAGUGAAAAAGGGGGUGGUAAAAAGGGCGGUUUGAUGGUACCUGCUCGGCGGAAUCUCAAAGUGCUGCUAGUGAAUCCACAGGCGUUCAUGCACCUCAGUGGGGAGAGUGUGAAUGGUGGGGGGUGCCCUGUGCUGCUGGUGAAGCCACAGACGUUCAUGAACCUCAGUGGGGAGAGCGUGAGUGAUAAGGGGGGUGGGUGGGAAGGUGGUGGGGGUUUUGAUGAUACCUGA